UUUUCUGUCUGCAGGGCGGUGUGUCAGCUGAGGAGCUGCUCGGAGAGGUGCUCCGGACAGAGCAGGAAGAAAGUUGGUCCACAGAUGUGUUACAGCAUUUCCUGUCUGCUGGGGUCAGGCGAGGACACGGAGCCAUAAAAAAAAACUACAUCCUGUUUCCACGGAAACACAAGGACCCGGAAGUCGUUCCGAUUCCGCGGGUCUUUUGGGACAACACAGCUCCGCACAACACAGAGUGCAGAAAUGGCGGGAGUGAAUACCAUGGAGAAAAAACUGGCUGAAUACAAGUGUGACACCAAUGAAGCUAUAUGCUUGAAGCUUGUUCGCUUUCCAGAGGAUGUUGAUGAUGAUGGCACUACAUUCCACCCCGAGUACAGCCACCAAAUAUUUGGAGACGAUGAGGUUGCUUUCGGAUACAAAGGUCUUCAGAUACAGCUGUUCUACACUGCUGGAAACCUGAGCACCCUCUUCAAAGUGAAAUACUCCUCAAAAGUUACUGAGACGUUCGAUUGUGUGGAGCCUGAUGAUGUUGAGGGGAAAAUCCGGGAAAUUGUUCCUGCUGGGUUCACCUGCAACACUGAUGACUUCAUCUCACUGCUGGAGAAGGAGGCCAAUUUCAAGCCCUUCGGCACCCUGCUUCACACAUACACGGUCCACAGCGAGGAGGCAGGAGAACUCACAUACCAGAUCCACAAGGCUGAUAUCACCUGUUCGGGAUUCCAAGAGUACCACGAGCGCCUGCAGACCUUCCUCAUGUGGUUCAUUGAGACUGCCAGUUUCAUCGAUGCAGACGACGAUCGUUGGGACUUCUUUCUUGUAUUUGAAAAGUACAAUAAAGAUGGGGAGACUCUCUACGCAACUGUUGGUUACAUGACAGUUUAUAAUUACUACGUGUACCCAGACAAAACCCGACCACGUGUAAGCCAAAUGUUGGUCCUGCCUCCGUUCCAAGGAGAGGGUCACGGAGCUCAGCUUCUGGAGGCGGUUCACAGAUUUUAUUGCAGCUUGCCCAAAGUACAAGACAUCACAGCUGAAGACCCUUCUGAGAACUAUGUGAAGCUGAGAGACUACGUGCUGGUCAAACUUUGUCAAGGCCUCCCGUCCUUCGCUGUCGACAAGCUGCACCUCGGCUUCUCAGCUGACAUGAUCAAAGAGGCGCAAGACAAGUUGAAAAUCAACAAGAAACAUGCAAGGCGAGUGUAUGAAAUUCUACGCCUGAGAGCAACAGACAUGAGUGAUGAAGAAAAAGCAAGAGAGUACCGUUUGGAGGUGAAGAAGAGGCUGUUUGGACCAUACAGGAAGAAUCAGAGGGAGCUGACAAAGAUGAGGAAGUGCCUGCGGCCGGAGGAGCUGGUGUCCCACAUGGGUCAGAUGGACACUCAGACGCAGCACGAGGAGCUGGAGAAGAGUUAUCAGGUUGUCGUGGAGGACUACAGGAGAAUCAUUGAGAGGCUUGCAACACAGGCCUGAUGAGACUGAGAUACUGCUGGCCUGGAGCCCACCCUCUCAACAUACAGGUGGUCUGCCCUGUCUGUACAAAGCCCACAUCAUCACAGACUUUAGCUGCAACCGAAAGGAAACUCUCCUGAUUUGACAAAAUCACUGUUUUAAUUCAAGAGUGUUACAAAUGUGUAGUAACUGGUGUAGCAGUGAUAGGUUGCAAUGGAAAAUGCCUGUCUGUUUCCCAGCUGAUGUUGAUACAGUAGAGGAGAAUAGUGCAGCUGGAGGGUGAGACUUCCUGUUUGUCUCAACAUGUUUAAUCACAUCGUGUGAGAUUAAGUGACAUGUAAUAUUUCAUGGGUGAUAGGAGGUCCCUGCUUCUUCUCCAUCAUAGACAUUUUUUAAAGAUCUUUUGUCAAAACAGUUCCCAAUGUGUUUUGAAGCACUUCAUACUGAAAAUUAAAAACUGGUUUUGUAUAUUGCUCAAAUGGAGUGAUUCUUAUUGUAGAGAAGAAAAUAAAACUGAGCAAUGCUUGUUUUUUGA